CCUUCACACAUAAUCGUUCUUCUUUGGUGAAGUGAGAGUUGUUCUCUAGCUCCACGCGCGCUGAUCAGAUGUUCCUCAUCUCAGAAAUGACAAAAUGUUAUAAACUCAUCCAUUGAUACUUUUGAUAGCAACUGGAUCCUAUCGACACAACCCUGCUCUGAACCACUCCAGAGCAGGAAACCUCUGUUAUUUCAGUUGGAAUAAUUUUACUCUUAGGAAGCACUGUCCUUCGUGUGCCGUCGCAGUGGAUGGGAAUCGCUUUGAGCUCUGGAGCCGAGUUUGGAGGUAGUCUGCUGUGCUUGUUAGGAGGAUAACAAUUAUGGAUAACUAAUUUGAAAUGUAAGCGAUCCAAACUGUUAUGGAGUAUGGGGAAUGCAGAUUGUUCAGAGGAGUUUAGCUGUGUUUAGUGUGACAAUUGAGUGUUGAAUUAUUUUGUGACGAUUUUGUAGUUCAGUAAAGCCGGCGUCUGAGAAAGUUUUUAGCUGUAGCAGUGUAGGUGUUUCGACACAAUGGCGAACUUUUACCCGACUCUAUCGGGGAGCCUGCCAGUGCUAGCGACUCUCUUGUUCCUAGCAUCACACGUCUCUCCACAAAUCAACAGUAGAACAUCCUUGACAAUAGACAAUGUUAUAGAUCCAGAGUCGAGUUCAGUCUCCUCAUCAAGCGGAUUAUUUUUUGAAGCGGAAGAAAAUGGAGCUGGUCCUUUCAAUGGGGGACAUAGAACUGCUCAGACUGGCGGAACAACGAUGGCUUUUGUUUUUGAUGUAACGGGAUCCAUGUUUGAUGACUUGCAGCAGGUUAUCGAAGGAGCAGAGCGUAUUUUGGAUUCUAAUUUGAAGAGAAGAGACACGCCUUUGAAAAACUUUGCCUUGGUGCCUUUUCAUGAUCCAGAAAUCCAAGAGAUCACUAUCACAGAAGACCCUGAUUAUUUCCAGCAGAAGCUCAAGGAUCUCUACGUCCAAGGAGGAGGAGAUUGUCCAGAGAAGAGUAUCACAGCCAUCUAUCAUGCUCUCAACAUCAGUCUUCCAGGAUCCUUCAUCUAUGUCUUCACCGAUGCCAGAUCCAAUGAUUACGAGCUCACCAACGAGGUCCUCAAGCUUAUCCAGGAGAAAGAAAGCCAGGUUGUUUUCGUCAUGACUGGGGAUUGCGGGAAUCAGUCUCACCCAGGGUUCCAAGCCUACGAGCAGAUCGCUGCCACCAGCUCGGGUCAAGUCUUCAUGCUUAACAAGUCUGAUGUAGAUCUGGUGUUGCGAUUUGUUGAAAUAUCUCUGCAAUCUCGCAAGGUCAACCUGCUGUCAACCGACUAUGAGCAUGGGGCCACUCAAGUGCAUCAGGUUCCGAUAGACACCAGGAUCAACCAGAUCACCAUCUCUGUCAGUGGUGAUAGUAGGAACGUCACUUUUAGAGAUCCUAGGGGUAGAGACAUACCAUUGAUAAAUUCACAAAGAUAUAACGGUGGACAGCAGUAUUUAGAGGAAUUAUUAACUUUAGAAAAUGUGUAUGUAGUUGGAAUGGUUGAGCCGUCUCCGGGCACCUAUGAGCUGAUAACAAACUCUAGAGAGGAACAUACGGUGCGUGUUACAGCCAUUAGUCUUCUGGAUUUCGCCUUUGGAUUCGCUAGGAACCCCACGUCGGACCUAAACAACACCUUCCAUAGACCCAUCAGAGGUGUUCCUUCUAACUUGAUGAUCGAGGCCCUUCAUCUGAAUCCUCCAGGAAUCCUGGAGAAGGUGGAGUUCUUGAACCUGAGGGGUGAGACCAUCUUUGAGACGCGCCUUACUCAGAGCACAGAGAAUCCAGACCUUUACAUUGCCCCUCGCACCAUCCCACCUGAUAGCUACUUCCACAUCAGGGUAUCGGGUAUCGACAGCAUGAACUUCAGGUUCCAGCGACUCUCCAAAGCAGCUAUCAGUCCUCUUAUACCAGACCCCCCAACAACCUUCAUGCCGAGAAGGACACCAGGUUAUUAUGGAAUGGAUGCUAUAUUGACCUGUGAUGUUGAGAGUAUGAUACCAUUCACCGUCCGGUGGAUGAGAAGGGGAACUCCCCUAGAUGGACCUAUUGAAUUCAGCGAAACUGGUAGCGCAACUUGGACUAUAAAGAACUCUGAUAGCCGAAUAGAAGGGGUGUACUCCUGUAUAGCAGAAAAUGAAGAAGGAAGUGCCCGAUCAGAGACAUACCUCGAUAUCACAGAACCACCCCCAGUGAUUGCCAGACCUUACAACACAUCAGUCCUACCUGGUAGCGAUGGUGUCAUGUCAUGUUUCAUCUCCAGCACUGUAGAGUAUAACAUAACAUGGGAUAAACCAAAUACAUUGGUGUCGCUACAAGGCCACAACAGAGUAAGCCUGAUGAAUAAUGGCUCCCUUGUGAUCCAAGAUGUUCAUCCUGGUGAUGCUGGCUCCUAUCGUUGUCGAGCAUGGAAUGAAGGAGGAGUCACUGAGGAACACGUCUAUCUUUAUGUGCAAGAGCGACCCCAAAUCAACGCCUACCAAGGCAACGUGACCUUCACGUCCAGUCAGAACAUCACCCUUCGAUGCUCGGCCAAUGGCUACCCACACCCUGAGCUCAGAUGGCUGAAGGACGGCCAGGAGCUUCCCAUCGUGCCUGGGACAAGGCGCGGAGAGAUCAUCCAUCAAAUCUUCAAUGCCUCCAGAGAGGACCAGGGAAUAUACACCUGCCUGGCAAGCAACACGGCCGGCUCAGACUUACUCAACGUCUAUGUAUCCUACCAUGAGCCUCCUCGCAUCCAGAUGACGCAGUACCGUUACCUGACCCCGCCCAGUCAGAAGGCAACCCUCUCCUGCCCAACCUCUGGGGUACCCCCUCCUGAGAUCACCUGGUUCAAGGGGGACAGAGACCUGACUAGGGUCACCUACACCAGGAUCUGGCCUAACGGGGACCUGGACAUCAUGGGGGUCCAGGACUCAGACUCUGGUUCCUACACCUGUUAUGCUACCAACGAGGCGGGCGUGGUCUCAGAGACAGUUCAUCUUGAAGUUGGAUCCUCACCCAUUAUCCUGCAGCCGCCCAUUGAUCUUGGUGUUAACUACGGGAUGAACGUCUCAGUGACUUGUAUCGCCAUGGGGCAUCCUCCACCUGCCGUUACAUGGAGGAAAGUCGGCCAGUCGCACCUCGAUAUCAACCCCAGGAUUACCAUGACUGAAGACGGGAAUCUAUUCAUCAGAGACAUGCAAGUGGAGGAUAGUGGGACGUACGUCUGCGUGGCCCAUAACGAACAUGGAUCAACUGAGGCAUCGGCUCAGCUUCGAAUCACAAAUCUGAUCCAGCCUCAGAUCAGUGCCACAAGCCAGGAGGAAGUGGUGGUUGUUGAAGACGAUGUGGUUGUACGUUGCAACGUGAUUUCCGGCAACCCACCACCGACAGUGACGUGGUUUCACUCCAGCGAGAGGCUCUACCCUGAGUACAGCCCUCGCCUAGAGCUCUUCCCUGAUGGUAGCCUGGGAAUAAGAGGUGCGGUCAUGUCAGAUGCAGGCAACUACACCUGUGUAGCGGAGAAUGCUAUCGGCAAUGAUACCAAGAUAACUCGUAUCAGAGUCCACAAUCCACCCAGUAUAUCAGGCACAGAGACCAGCUACACUGUAAUCCAUCACGAGUCGGUCACGUUGCUAUGUCCGGCAGCAGGCCACCCACCACCACUCAUUGAGUGGAUCAAGAACGGACAGACGAUACCCAAUCUUGGGCUGCAUCAGAGCGCCCUCACUCUAAGCUAUGUCACAGAGCAGGACGCAGGGACGUACAUCUGUAGGGUGUCCAAUCUUGCUGGAUUCUCAGAGAUUGAAAUAACGCUCUUUAUUCUGGUGCCACCUGCCCAUGAGGGUGUCGAGACCACCGGUGUCGUCAAUGUGACACAGGGGGAUAGUGUGACCCUCCCAUGCAAUGUAAGGGGGACUCCCCCUCCUCAGAUCUCCUGGUUCAAAGACAACCUUCCCCUCCCGGAAGCGGGAAGGAACUUCUAUGUGAAUACAGACGGCGGCUUGGUCAUUCAGCAGAUGUCUGUGGCUGAGGAAGGGCAGUAUAGGUGUGUGGCCUCUAACAUAGCAGGCAACGUCUCAAAGGAUGUCCGCAUUACUAUUCUUGUUCCCCCAAGCAUCGAGCCUGGAAACACAGAGUACGCCGUGGUAGCUGGAGGCUCCAUCAUCUUGUCUUGUGAGGCCUAUGGCAUCCCCAUGCCGGAGGUUGUAUGGCAGAAAGAUGGAGCUCAGCUGUCUAUAGCUACCAGGAACGUCCGCAUCCUGGAUCUAGGAUCGCUCCAGAUAGACGUCACUUCAGAGGAGCAUACAGGAACGUAUACUUGCCUGGUUACCAACGAGGCUGGAUCUACCAACAGGCUCAUCACUCUAAGUGUAAUUGUUCCACCACGCAUCUUUGAUGGCCAGACUCAGUACACAGUGGUCCAAGGUCAAGCCAUUAUCCUGCACUGUCCAGCUACCGGUACCCCUCCUCCAACGAUCACUUGGUCAAAGGAAGGCAUUGCUAUCCCACUCAACGAUCCGCACUAUGACGUUGAUGAGAUCGCUGGCACUCUGACCAUGUUUGGUGUCCUGCCGACUGAUUUUGGAACAUAUAAGUGUGUCGUGAGGAAUGAUGGUGGAUCAGUGUACAAGGAUAUCACUCUGUCUGUCCAUGUUGCUCCCGUUAUUGAGGAAGCUGUCGAGGAGACGUUUAGCAUCACUAUAGGUCAGACUGUCUCCCUUCCUUGUGAGGUGACGGGCACCCCUCCGCCAAUAGUCACCUGGUACAAGUCAGGCAACCCCAUCUCGGUCACUAGCUCUAUGGUCAUCACGCAAGACUCACUGGACAUCUAUAGUACUAGACCAUUUGAUACCGGCAUCUAUCAGUGUGUGGCAAGCAACGUUGCAGGCAACGUCACCAGGAACUUCAGGCUCAUUGUCAUGAUUCCUCCAAGUAUUCAAGAUGGCCCAGCGACCCGUACGACUGAGGUCGGAGCUCAUAUUGAGUUGGAAUGCAGGGCUGAUGGUAUCCCACUGCCUGAUAUCACUUGGUAUAAGGAUGGAGAACCUCUUGGCACAUACAAUGACCCAAGGUUGCGAAAGACCGCCUUUGGUACUCUUCAGAUAGUGAACGUAGAUCAGGAAGAUUCUGGAGAGUAUGCCUGCUAUGUCUCCAACGAUGCAGGCAAAGCUUCCAAGUUCGUAACUCUCACCGUCAACUUGGCGCCCAUUUUACUAGAUAGUCCUGAUUCCUACACCAGCCUGAUACGCAACCCUGUGACACUCCAGUGCCUAGCUGCUGGCUUCCCUCCCCCUGAUGUGACGUGGCUGAAGAAUGGAGCUCCUCUAAACCAAGAAGAUGUCAGAUACUACAUAACUCCCAGCAACUCGCUUCUCAUAGCUUCCACUAUGAGGGAAGAUAGUGGCAUCUAUACCUGUAACGUAUCUAACACAGCAGGAUCCCAAUACAAGCACAUGGAGCUGACAGUUUACCUACCUCCAACAUCCAUCAACAGUGGGGACACCAGCUACGAUGUUACCCUUAACAAUCCCGUCUCGCUACCCUGCGAGGUGCAAAGUUACCCCCCUCCUACCAUUACAUGGCUCAAGGAUGGGCGGGUGAUCCCCUAUACCAACUCUCAUUACCGCAUCCAGCCAUCUUCUCUUGAUAUCCCCAUGGCUGUGGUGAGGGACUCCGGGGUCUACACCUGCAUCGCGACUAACAUCGUCGGCAACAUUUCUAGGAAUUAUCAAAUCAAUGUUCAAGUUCCUCCAUACAUCAGUCCCGGUCCUGACACCAUCACCGCCUACCUGGGCCAGAAUGUGACCCUUCCAUGUGACUCUAUCGGUGUUCCCACCCCAAUGACCAUGUGGGAUAAGAGUGGCCUGCAGCUCAACUACGACAACCCUCGAUUCCACAAGCUAGAUGAAGGUUCUCUGAUCAUCAGUGAUGUGCGAGAGCUGGAUGCGGCUGCUUAUUACUGUCUGGUGGUUAACCAAGCAGGUGCUGAUACCAGGAGGAUCACUCUCACUGUAAAAGACGCUCCUCGCAUCAUCAAUGAGCUCCCUGAGGUGAUGGAACAGAUCAUGAACACAGAGGUACGGAUACCAUGCCAAGCCACCGGGACACCUAGACCUCAGGUCAGUUGGUUCAAGGAUGGACGCCCUAUAGAACAACUCCGAGGCUACACAGUGCUUGGAGACAACACCUUGCUGAUAUCUAGUCUGCAACCCUAUGAUAACGGCCGAUACGAGUGCAGAGCACAGAGUGAGAGUGGGUUUGAUUCUAUUGAUGUCUUCAUAGAUACACAGGUGCGCCCUCACAUUGCUGGUGAGAACACACCGGACGACCCUGUCGUUGUCUUCACUGAAGAGGAUCAGACGGUCAUCUUAGAAUGCAACGUCACCGACUCUCAUCCUCCUGCAGAGGUCACAUGGUACCAGAACGGUCAGGCCAUACUGGCCAGGGCAGACAUCGGGAUUCACUUUGAGACCGGCGAUACCAGUCUCAGGUUACCCUACCUAAGGCCUGAGGAUGCUGGUCACUACCACUGUGAGGCAACCAAUGGACAGGGGUCCAGUCAGCGCCACUUCUCCGUGGAAGUCCACGUCGGCCCGGUGAUCAGGAAUCGACGACAGGAGCAGGUCACGGUGCAAGUAGGUCACAGCGUCACGAUCCACUGUGAAGCAAGUGGGGUACCCGAUGCCAGGAUUCUCUGGAUGUUUGGUGAUAUCGCCAUCUCCAGUCAGAACAGCCGUUAUCACAUCGCUAGCAAUGGCUCUCUGCAUCUCAGAGAGGUACAGGUCAUUGACUCGGGCGUGUUCACAUGUAUCGCAAAGAACUCAGCUGGAAAUGACACCAGAGUAGUCAAUAUAAAUGUGAUUGUACCACCAUCUAUCAACGAUGGCACGUCUGACAUUGUCCGCACCCUCUCCAGCUCCGUCAUCCUCCCUUGCGAGUCGGCAGGAGUACCUUUCCCUGAGAUCACAUGGUACAAGAACGGCGCUCCUCUCAACCUCUCCAACCCCAACCUGGAGAAGCUCUUCUCUGGCUCCCUAAGGAUCCGUAGUGUGGAGGAGGAGGAUUCUGGGGUCUAUCGAUGUGUGGCCGUCAACCAGGCGGGCCAUGAUUAUAAGAUGCUCACGCUAUGGAUACACACCCCACCUUCCCUGCAGCCGGAUGCAUCCAGGAACGUAUCGACCGGUGUGGACGAGAAGGUCAUCAUCCCAUGCAACAUCAGUGGUAGUCCGAAGCCGCAGUACCGCUGGCUGAAGAACAACCGCGAGCUGCUGAUGAACUAUGGCAAGAUGGAGCUGCUAGAGGACGGUUCCUUGAUGAUCAGGGAUGUGGAGUCGAUAGAUAGGGGCUCCUAUACCUGUGAGGCUACUAAUGCUGUAGGGGUGCUAAGCAGGGAUAUUAGGCUUGAAGUGUCAGUUGCUCCGAAGAUUACAGGUUCCAAGACGCCCGUAGAGUACCCAGUAGGGCAGUAUGAUUCCAUAGAGCUCCAGUGCAUGGUAACAGAUGCCUUCCCACCACCCAUCAUCAAGUGGUAUAAAGGAGAUGAGACGUUGACCGGCCAGGAGGAGGCAGUCACUAUCAAAGACCAGGGCAUCACCCUGGAGAUUGGGUCUGUUAACAUAGCCAAUGCUGGGGAGUACUACUGCACAGCAACCAAUGAUGCUGGUAUGGCAUCUAUGAACUGGACAAUCGACGUACAGGUUACACCCAGCAUCCUGAAUGGACAGGACGAGUACCUGACCACGGUGCAGAACAUUGACAUCACCCUCCUGUGUGAGGCAGAGGGUAACCCCACACCCACCAUCACAUGGGAGAGAGACAACAAACCCUUGGAGCUUAGAGACAGUCACUACCUCAUCGGAGAGGACGGCUCCUUGAGGAUCACCGCUCCGCAGCACACCGACAGCGGGGGCUACGUUUGUGUGGCGUCCAACAACAUUGGAUAUGCCAUCAAGAACUUCCAUCUUGUUGUCAAGAUUCCUCCCAAGACAAGCACGCAGCAAGAGGUAGUGACCAUAGGUCUACGUCAGUCGGUGACCCUACGAUGCCAAGCUGCAGGAUUUCCCGCACCCACCAUCAGCUGGAGAAAGGACAACUUACCGAUCCCUCUCAGUACCCGAGCCUUUAGCAUCAGCAGCAAUGGAGGCAGCCUGACCAUCAACAGCACUCGAGAGGGCGACAGUGGUAUUUAUUCCUGUAUCGCUUCCAACGAGGUGGGCGAACAGUCCUUGGACAUCCUGCUGAAGGUGCAGGAGCCACCCAUCAUCCUAGGAGAACUUGAGGUUAAUCGUAUGCAACAUGUCCAGCUGGUGGAAGGUGAUGACAUCGAGCUGCCCUGCCCGACCACCGGCUACCCCAAACCAAGAGUGGCCUGGUUCAGAGACAACCGGAUUCUGUCUCCUCCAGAGUAUAAGAUCAAGGAUGAUGGAACGUUGGUCAUUCCGGGAGCCAUGCCGUUUGAUGCUGGAGUGUAUACUUGCAGUGCAGUGAAUGAAGCUGGAAACUCAAGUAUAUCCAUUAAUGUCACAGUGAUGGUUCCCCCACUCCUCGUGGACGCUUACAGACCUGUGGACAUCAUAGUCAUUCUCAACAAUCCUGCUAGGUUGUACUGUGAGAUUGACAUCUCUAUCCCCAUGGCAUCCAUCGUCUGGCAGAAGGAUGGCAUCUCUCUUCGGGAGGAUUCCAACAUCCGCAUCUCUCGAGAUGGUCAGAUCCUUGAGAUUAAUCAGGUGCAGGUCAAUAACGAGGGUCGGUAUACCUGUAUCGCAACGAACAAUGCAGGAAACGCUACCAAGUUCUUUGGCCUUACAGUGCACGUUCCUCCAAUUUUCCCUGAUGGUAACCCUGUGAACCCCAUGAUGAUGAGCAUCAACGAAGAUGACUCCACCCAGCUUGGUUGCCAUGCCAGCGGGUACCCUCCACCUACCAUUAGAUGGUACAAAGAUGGUCGCCUGGUAACCCACAAUGAACCGGGCGUGGCUGUGUCCAAUUCUGGAGAAGUACUAAGGAUUAAUAGGGUGAAUAGGAUACAUGCUGGGCAGUUUACCUGUGUCGCAAGCAGCAUUGUAGGGAACAUCUCCAAGAGUUAUGUGCUCAAUGUUAGAGUGAGGCCUGAGAUUGAAGGAGCAGAAUUCCCUCACAAUGUCUCCGUUGUCAACAACAUGGGUAUUGAGCUUCGCUGUCCAACCGUAGCUAUCCCCGUCCCAGAGAUUGUUUGGUACAAGGACGGUCACCGUCUUCACCCCUUCCAGAGCGGAGUCCUCAUCUCUCCUGAUGGCACCACUCUGAGGAUACCUAAUGCUCAGCUUCACGAUGAGGGCGUCUAUCAAUGCGUUGCAACCAAUGUGGCGGGAGAAGAGAUGAAGUUGUUCAAUUUACAGAUUGAUGUUCCACCUGUCAUAGUAUCCAGGGAGCCUAAUCAGAUUGCCGUCAUAGCUGGUGGCUCAACUACCAUUGACUGCGAGAGCUAUGGUGUCCCCAAACCAACAGUCACAUGGACAAAGAAUAACGCCUUUAUAUCACCAGCUAGCAUAAGAUAUGACAUAGACCCCGCUGGAUUGCUCCAUAUAGCUACAGUGACAGUCGCAGACGAAGGUGUCUUUGAAUGUUUUGUCUCCAACUCUGCUGGCAAUGUGACAAGAAGAAUUGAUCUACAGGUUCAAGUUCAACCAACCAUCACACCAGGGCGUGGCAGGGUGACCACCCAAAUCGGUCAGUCAGUGCGCCUCUUCUGCGAUGCCACCGGUGUCCCCACCCCAGAGAUCCUGUGGCAGAAGGAUGGUCAGAGGGUUUCUCCCAUGGAAGGAUUCCUUAUCAUCAGUGAUGGUAUGUUGCAGAUCAAUGAUGCCCAGCCUUCAGAUGCAGGACGCUAUGACUGCAUCGCUAAGAAUGGAGCUGGAGCAGAUGUCUUCAAGGUCAUUCUUGAGGUUCAUGAGCCACCUCAGAUCGCAGAGACCACCAAAACAUAUGAGAUCCGAGUUGACGCUUCUGUCGAGUUGGAAUGCCGUGUUGGUGGAAUUCCCAAACCAAACAUUCGCUGGCUGUUCAAUGGACGAGAAUUGGGAGCCCAGAGUCUGAAGCUUGCUAAUGGGAACCUCAAGAUACCUGUCGUGAGGGCAGAGGAUAGUGGGGCUUACACUUGCCUGGCUCAAAAUGAUGCUGGAUUCGCCCAAGCAGAGAGGAUUCUUGUAGUGCUAGAUGUUCCAAGGCUUCCAAGACCACCUCGUGAGCAGUCUGAGAUGACCAUCAGUGUGAAUCGACGAGCAGUCUUGACCUGUCCAGCCGAUGGCUAUCCACCCCCUGAGGUCACUUGGAGGAAGGAUGGAAUCCUGGUUGAACCUGCAGGUAGAAUCACCAUGACUGAGAACCAUGAACUCAUCAUUGACAGAGUACAGGAAAGUGACAGUGGUACCUAUACAUGCGUGGCUACAAAUUCAAUUGGCAGUAACAGACUAAAUUUCUACCUCACAGUGCAAGUUGCUCCAACAUUCACCCACUUCCCAAAUGAUGUAGAGCUAGCAGCUGGGAACAGACUGGAACUGAUUUGUGAAGCUAUUGGUGUCCCUAUGCCUGAUAUUGCAUGGCUGGUCAAUGGGACUGAGAUGAUUCCAAACCCACCUACUUUUGAUGGUCGUAGUGUGCUUGCCAUUGGGAAUGUACAGAAGAGUGACAGUGGAACGUACAUGUGCCGAGCUGAAAAUAUUCUUGGUGUAAGGACCGCCAUCACUGCAGUACGUGUCAGGGUGCCACCCAGGAUCCACCGCAUCCCAUCAGACACUACCCUGACCCUAGGAGAGAGGGCGGUGUUGAACUGUGCAGUCAACGGUGACCCCAAACCAGAGGUCACGUGGCUCAAGAACAACCGGCCUGUAGCCCUGACUGAUACCAUGCAACAAAGUUCUGAUGGUUCUCUCAUUAUAGCACCCACUGCUAUAUCUGAUGCCGGUUUCUACAAAUGUCAAGCUCUUAACCUCUACGGCCUUGAUGAAGUCAGCUAUCAUCUUGAAAUACAAAGUCGUCCUAUGUUUGUGGUGGAGCCACAGAACACCACAGUAUCCCACGGUGAGAAUGUCCUGCUGGACUGCAUAGCUCAGGGAGAGCCUGAACCAUCCAUGAGAUGGCAGAAGGAAGGCUUCAGGGUGUUACCGGUAGGGCGUGUGGCCAUCCUCCCAAACAAUACCCUCAAGAUAGUUGCUGCACAGCUGACCGAUAGUGGUGCCUACAUGUGUCUGGCUGAAAAUCAGAUGGGUCGAGCUGUGAUGACCAUCCAUCUGACCGUCAUGGUGCAUGGCGGCUGGUCAGAAUGGACCGAGUGGGGGCAGUGCAGUAAGACAUGUGGGCGGGGCAUGAGGAUACGCACACGUCGCUGCGACAGUCCGUCCCCAGCUCACAAUGGACUGCAAUGCACAGGGCCAGAGGUAGAACAGAACUCAUGCCAUAUGGAUAGUUGCCCUAUUCAUGGUCGCUGGGGUGAAUGGCAGCCAUUUGAAGAAUGCUCUGUAUCCUGUGGCUUUGGUGUCCGUGUAAGGCGACGAUUCUGCGAUAACCCACCGGUUCAGUAUCGAGGAAGGGAUUGCGAAGGCGAGGGUGUCCAGCAGGAUGAAUGCUUUGCAGGAGAAUGCCCAGUGGACGGUGGCUGGGGACCUUGGUCGUCAUGGCAACUAUGUGAUCGAACCUGCGGCAAUGGCAAUACUAUCCGUGAGAGGAUAUGUAACAACCCUGAGCCUAGGUACGGCGGCAGGGACUGCAGCGGCCUAUCCAGGGAGACUAGAGCUUGUAACGUUCGACCUUGCCCAGUGGAUGGUGUAUGGGGAUCAUGGAGUAUCUGGUCUACAUGUACAGUGUCCUGUGGUGGAGGACAACAGACUAGGACCAGGACCUGUACUGGACCACUUCAUGGUGGACAGCCUUGUGAGGGUAGGAGUGAACAGACCAUACGGUGUAAUGCAGAGCAGUGUCCAGUACAUGGUAAUUGGUCCGACUGGGACGUAUGGGGUAUCUGUUCAGCUAUGUGCGGUGGAGGAAUAAGACAAAGGUUCCGCUCCUGUACCAAGCCAGCACCAUCCCCUACAGGUCGACCCUGUGUAGGUGACAGCAUUGAUACAGAACCGUGCAAUCAACAACCAUGCCAAGUUGAUGGCAAGUGGACACCCUGGUCACCAUGGAGUGAAUGUUCAGAGACCUGUGGAGAGAGUAGUAGACGUAAAACCCGAGAGUGUACCAACCCUGCUCCAGCCCAUGGUGGCAGGCCGUGUAUAGGGGCAGCUGAGCUCAUUCAAGCAUGUCAUACACCUCCAUGUAUAGUUGGUCCAAGGACAGCCGUUGCCAUGGUAACAGGCAGCAUCAAUGGUCAGACAUUGAAUGGUCAACUCUUUGCCAACAUCAGUGUGGACAAUGCUGGUUACACCAUGGUCAGUGCCAGUAUGGACAAUGUACCUAAAGAUAUUGGUAACGUGAUGCGUAUGCUGAUCUCCUUGAUAUCUCCUGUCUACUGGACCAGUGCGUAUGAGCGUGACAACACGGCUAAUGGCUUCUCUGUUACAGAAGGAAACUUUGAGAGACAGACUCAAGUCCGCUUCUGGUCAGGCGAGGAGCUGACCAUGGGAAUGCAUUCACUAGGAGUAGAUGAAAAUGGAGUCUUGCAGUUGACCAUCCUCCUGACCGGAGACACGCCCGAGAUCUUCCCAGAGGAUCAGGUCAUCACACGCAACUACCGAGAAGACUACAUCCAAACAGGACCAGGGGAGAUCUACGGCAAGUCAUCGCGUCAUGUCACUAUUGAUGGAACGGCUCUCCUAUAUGCCUGGAACCAUACCAUUCUCUAUGAUGAUGCAGGCAGCCAGAUGCCCUACCUUGUGCAGACUCUCAACACAGAGGGCGCUACAGUGGAAUACAAUCCUGUUGAUGGGUCGCUGACCUACACCAUACGCGUCUACUUUACUAGAGGUGAACCACGAAAUAGAUGUCCUUCAGGAUUCUUGCUAGAUCCAUCUGGACCAUACUGCAGAGAUAUUAAUGAGUGCCUGCAGAGGAAUACAUGUUCCCAUUUCUGCCAGAACUAUUACGGCGGUCACGUCUGUGCCUGUCCCACUGGUUUCAGACUCAACAGAUUCAAUGAACGCACCUGUGACGACAUCGAUGAGUGUCGGUACAACAAUGGAAACUGUCCGUCUAGUGAAGAAUGCCAGAAUACCGAAGGGUCUUUCCGAUGUGUGCAGCAUUGCACUCGGGGAACACGCAGGAUACCAGGCACCACAAGCUGUGGCGAUAUCAAUGAAUGCCAGGAGUCUCCCAACAUCUGCUCCCACCAAUGCAGCAAUACUCAAGGAAGCUACCAGUGUUACUGCAAUAAGGGAUACCGUCUUAGGGGAAAGAAUCAAUGUGAAGAUGUGAAUGAAUGUGAGGAACAUAACCCAUGUCAGAUCAAUCAGGACUGCAUCAAUCAACAAGGUCGUUAUCGCUGUAUAACGGUCUGUCAACAAGGCUUUGAGAAGGCUAGGAACGGCUCAUGCAUAGAUAUCAAUGAAUGCAGAACCAAUCGUCACGAGUGUGCUGCUACUCAAACCUGUAUGAACUCCAUGGGUAGCUAUGCUUGCCUGUGCCCCCGUGGUUUCCGUGCAGAGGGCCGACGUUGUAAUGACAUCAAUGAAUGUGCCAACCGACCCUGCACGUAUCAGUGCCGUAACCUCCAGGGCGAUUACGAAUGUAUAUGCUCACCGGGGAUGAUGAGGGCGCCAGACAGAAAGACUUGUAUCGGGUACGAGCAAAAAGUAGAGCCCCCGACGGUCUUGGACUGUAUGAAUGGAUGGCGCCGUGUGGCAGGCAGAUGUGUUGAUGUGAAUGAAUGCCAGCUAGCACAUCCCUGCCGGUAUAGAUGCGUUAACACCGAAGGUAGUUUCAUGUGUGAAUGUCCGCCAGGUUAUCGCCUAUCAGCGGACAGAGUAUCUUGUGAUGACAUCAAUGAAUGCGUCGAGCACAACAUACAAUGUGGAGGCAACGACCUCUGCUUUAAUCGUCAAGGCAACUAUAGCUGCUUGGAAACGUCCUGUCCACAAUAUUAUGAGAGGGAACGUUUUACAGGGUACUGCGUGAGGUCUUGCCCUGCGACAUUAACAAGAUCAGAGUUACAGCUGUGUGAAAGCCUGCCUGGUACCAUCCAAUUCAGGACCCUUGCCUUGCUAACGGACACAUCGGCUGGGCGGGAUCUACUCAGGCUUAGGGUUGUCAGAUCUGACGGUACCUACCAUACAAACACAUACUUCAGUAUUGAGAACACGCAGGUGCCUUUCAAUAUCCGGACCGAGUCGAGUGGCCGGGGAGUUCUUUCAACCAGACUCAACCUUCAGGAGCCCAGAGACUAUGUGAUUAAAGUGCGAGCUCAAGGUUUCUCAGGAUCCCAUAUCUCGACCCACGUUGAACUGGACAAUGUCUUCCAUAUCCACGUCUCGGUCUCUCAGUUCCCCUACAGUAACUCAUAGAAUCAUGCCACCCCUGGCUCUGGUUCACCAUCAAGUAACAUGAACAAAACAAGGAGAGAUCGAGAAUGAUAAAUGCGACAGAGGGAGAGAUCGAGAAUAAUAAUUGCGACAUUUUUGGACAAAAGGCCUGUGACUUGUUGCUGUGUUUCCUUUGAUGCAAGCUGCUUGUAAGGCUUAGGGGAAUCCUGACUCGCUACGGACAGUAAAGCCUGUGAAGACCAUGUGUGUCUUGAUCUUGAGAAAGGAUGCCUUUGCUGAAUGCACCAAUCUAAAGCUCUCUUUGCGUCAAAUGCGUUAUGUUGGAAGAAUCCAUUGAAUAGUCUUUAUUUUGUGACAAGAUGCACUAUCCAUCGAUGUCAGCAUUUCUAGCAAACCAAGUCUGGGAACACUGCUUCAAAGACCAAUCAACUUGAAAAUUGUUGCCAAUUUGAAGAGCUCCCUAAUCAUUGGACGAGGCAUCUUGUAAAUAAUAUGACAAAUGUGUGCUAAAUAGUGGAGGUGAUUUUAAACGUUUUCUUGAGGCAGUGAUGGUGCUAGCUAGUCGUGUGGAUCGAUAACUCCUUUGUGGAACAUGUAUUCUUUCAAGUUAGAAUUAAAAUUCUAAUGGAUAUGCUAUGAAUGUUUUUCUGUCUAUAAAAUGUAUUUAAAAUUAUUCAUUUUUAUUUUUAUACUCUUCGUCAUGUGUGCUUUUAUUAAAGAUUAUGUAAUGCUAACGAGGUCAUACUUUCAGGCCAAGCAAUAGGUGCUAUUUGUCAUGAAACCUUUAAAUUGUUUUAUUCCUCCAUUUUAAUUCUCUAUUCUAAUCAAGGACCAUUAAUUUGUUCAAUUCGACUCUUCGCUUGCAUACAUCUUUCUUUUUUGAUAGCAUACAAAGACAAACACUCACUUUUAGGUCAUGAAACGCAUAUUCUAUAGACCUACCAGGAACCCCAAAAUUAUUAUGAGAUUGAAAAGUUGUUACGUAAGAUUUAACAAAAUCAUGAGAAGGUAAACAUAUUAGAAUACAUAAUUAACUGACCUCUUAAAAUUUGUAAAAUGUGUGCCAGUGAUUGGAUUUAAGUUGUUUUCAUACACAAAUGACUAUACAUUCAAAUGUGUAUGAUUACACAUAAAAACUUAAGAAAUUCCUGUCCAUUUCUUGUGUAUAAUUUGAUCAAUUCAAAUUCAAUAGUGCAUCAUUUCCAUUGUUAUUAUGCUUAUGAUUAAGAUGAAGUUGUGUAUGAAAUGUAAUAGUUAAGUUGUGUACGUUGUGGCUGCAUUCAUUGAAUGAAAUUUAAAAUCAGUUACAUGUCCUUAUUAAGUUUCUUAUCUCUAUUUAUUUUCUACUUUGUAUGUUAUAUAGAGAUUGUACAUACAGUUAUUCAUCUUUUUAACUUCAUGUGUUACAUUGUUCCAUUAAUGUUCCGACGGCGUGAUUUAAAAUGGCAACACAUUCAGACAAUAUGCUUCUGACGUUGAAUAGUCUAGACAUAGUCAUGCAAUGUCGGGUCUAAAUCAGUUUCUUAUUCAGAAAAAAAAGGUUUAUUUAUUAAAAUUCUUGUUAGUGUUACUUUAUAACAUUCUGAUUCUUAUGGAAAAGCAGAAUUUAUAUCAAGCAAAAUUAAUUUCACAAUAUGAUAUUAAUGAGAUUAUGAGAUUGAAAAAACAUUAGGAAACGUAAUCUUGAUAUACUACCACAGAUUAGUAAUGCAAUAUUCAUAAAAUAUGACUUGGUGUUUGGAAUGCUUAUUGUAAUGUAGAGAAUAUAAGAUUAUUUGUUUAGCUUAAUCGGUCUGUCUCAUAAAAAUGAUUUGAUUUCAAUUUCUUUGCAAAUCUACCACUUGUUUGAAUAUUUAAUUCAUGUGAAGUAUCACAAAAUGAUGGACAAAAGCUAUAAUAUGUAUUUCAUGUCUUUUAAAGUAUUUUUGAAUCGUGACUUUUACAAUCUUGGAAGAAAGUGAAUCGUCCAAGAACAAAUAAACAGUUAUAUAUAUGACUACGUUAUA